AUGCAGUCCGAGGCGAUCCUCGAAGGGUUGUCGUUGUUUGAAGGGGGGCUGUUUGACCGGUCCCUGAGGUGGCGCGUGGUUCCUGCUAAUGGCCACCCGUUACAGUCCCCCGGUUACAGGCCACCCGUUACAGUCCCCCCCGGUUACAGUCCCCCCCGGUUACAGGCCACCCGUUACAGUCCCCCGGUUACAGUCCCCCGGUUACAGGCCACCCGUUACAGUCCCCCCCGGUUACAGGCCACCCGUUACAGUCCCCCGGUUACAGUCCCCCCCGGUUACAGGCCACCCGUUACAGUCCCCCGGUUACAGUCCCCCGGUUACAGGCCACCCGUUACAGUCCCCCCCGGUUACAGGCCACCCGUUACAGUCCCCCGGUUACAGGCCACCCGUUACAGUCCCCCCCCGGUUACAGGCCACCCGUUACAGUCCCCCGGUUACAGUCCCCCCCGGUUACAGUCCCCCCCGGUUACAGGCCACCCGUUACAGUCCCCCGGUUACAGUCCCCCCCGGUUACAGGCCACCCGUUACAGUCACAUCUCCGGGGCACGACCCUCAUCGCUGGACCAUCCGCACAGGAAGGACACAUCCCCAACCCGCUCCCAUUGGCCCGCUGUACCACAGCCGUCUUCCCAUUGGUCGCCCGCUGCUAAACCUUCUCCCAUUGGUCCGACGUCACAAAGCCGACGUCCCAAUGGCCGCAGACGGAGAAUCCCUAUCCCCAUUAGUCCGCCGACCCGGAGCAGUCUUCCCAUUGGCCGACCGCCGCUAACCCCUCUUCCAUUGGUCCGCCGUCCCGGAGCAGUCUUCCCAUUGGCCGACCGCCUCUAA